GCAGUCGGACGGCCCAAAGGGAAACUGGGCACUGCUUCUGCGGUGAAGCUCGCAGCUAAUCGGACAACCGCUGGGGCACGGCGGAGGAGGACGCGAUGCCGCAAGUGCGAGGCGUGUCUGCGGACAGAGUGCGGCGAGUGUCACUUCUGCAAAGACAUGAAGAAAUUUGGGGGACCUGGCAGGAUGAAACAGUCCUGUAUUAUGAGGCAGUGUAUCGCACCUGUGUUGCCUCAUACUGCUGUGUGUCUGGUGUGUGGAGAAGCUGGGAAAGAGGACACGGUGGAAGAGGAGGAGAGCAAGUUUAAUCUCAUGCUAAUGGAAUGCUCCAUUUGUAACGAAAUCAUACACCCAGGAUGCCUUAAGGUGAAGGAAUCGGAUGGUGUGGUUAACGAUGAGCUGCCGAACUGCUGGGAGUGUCCAAAGUGCAACCAUGCAGGGAAAACUGGAAAACAAAAGCGCGGACCAGGAUUCAAAUACGCAUCAAAUCUCCCAGGCUCGUUGCUGAAGGAACAGAAAAUGAACCGAGACAAUAAGGAAGUAACAGAUGCUGCGAAACGGAAAGGGGAUUGUGAAGAAACUCCCAGGCGGAAAUCGGAGGAACAUUCCAAGAAGACUCAAGUUGACUCAAUCCUGAGGAGAAAGUCAGACGAAGUGCAUCUGUGGAGGAAAAGGAAAUUUGAGAAACCCCAGGAACCCACUAUGAGAAAGCGGCUAAAACUGGGAAAAGAAGACAAACUCUUCAGGAAGAAGCGGCGAUCAUGGAAGGCUCCAGAUGACCGAACUGCCGUGAUCAAACCCCUGCGGCGCCUCAAGCAGGAGCCAGAGGAUGACCUGCCAGAAGCACCUCCCAGGUCCAAGGAUAGUGACCAGUCACGGUCCAGCUCGCCCACUGCAGGUCCCAGCACGGAGGGUGCCGAGCCCAGGGACAAGAAGAAGUUCAAGAUGAGGAGGAAAAGGCGGCUUCCCAAUAAGGAACUGAGCAAGGAGCUCAGCAAGGAGCUUAACCAGGAGAUCCAAAAAACCGAGAACAGCCUUGCCAAUGAGAAUCACCAACCCAUCAAAUCUGAACCCGAGAGCGAGAACGAGGAACCUAAGCGUGCUUUGAACAACAGCGAGAGACUCCAUAGGUUCAGCAAAGGGUUAAACGGGACUCCCCGGGAGCUGAGGCACCAGCUCAUCCCCAGCCUGCGAAGCACACCUCGGGGAAUAACCCGGCCACCACCUUCGCUCUCUCCUCCCAAAUGCAUUCAGAUGGAACGGCACGUUAUCCGGCCGCCUCCCAUCAGCCCCCCUCCGGACUCGCUCCCCCUGGAUGACGGGGCAGCCCACGUGAUGCAGAGGGAAGUCUGGAUGGCUGUCUUUAGCUACCUCAGUCAUAGAGACUUGUGCAUCUGUAUGAGAGUUUGCAAGACCUGGAACAGAUGGUGCUGUGACAAAAGAUUAUGGACCAAAAUAGAUUUAAACCAUUGUAAAUCCAUCACUCCACUUAUGCUUAGUGGCAUUAUUAGGAGACAGCCUGUAACCCUUGAUCUUAGCUGGACUAAUAUAUCUAAAAAGCAGCUGAGUUGGCUUAUCAACAGACUGCCAGGUCUUCGAGACCUGCUGUUGUCAGGGUGCUCAUGGAUAGCAGUGUCGGCACUUUGUAGUUCCAGUUGUCCUUUACUCCGAACUCUGGACGUGCAGUGGGCAGAAGGACUGAAAGACGCACAAAUGAGAGACCUCUUGUCACCACCCACAGAUAACCGGCCAGGUCAGAUCGACAACCGGAGUAAACUACGGAACAUCAUUGAGCUGCGCUUGGCCGGCCUGGAUAUUACAGACGCUUCCUUGCGGCUGAUCAUAAGGCACAUGCCUCUGCUCUCCAAACUCAAUCUUAGUUACUGUAAUCACGUGACAGAUCAGUCUAUUAACCUGCUGACCGCGGUCGGAACCACCACGCGGGAUUCAUUAACAGAAAUUAAUUUAUCAGACUGCAAUAAGGUUACUGACCAGUGCCUGUCUUACUUCAAACGUUGCGGAAACAUCUGCCAGAUCGACCUGAGGUACUGCAAGCAAGUGACGAAGGAAGGCUGCGAGCAGUUCAUCGCAGAGAUGUCAGUGAGUGUUCAGUUUGGGCAAGUGGAAGAAAAACUUCUGCAGAAACUGAGUUAGUCAAAGGACACGUGUAAAUACUGGGGUGGGGGGAGGGGAAGGGACUAAGAACAUGUAGGGAUUUUAUUUUCAAUUGGGAACUUGGAAUAUUGGAAACUACCACAAUUGGAUUUUACAACUCUUGUCGAGAACAACAUGAAACUACCCGUGUUAAGGAUUUCAACUUGUGCCACUAAUUCAGUCUACCUGGGACGUCCUGCACUGGCUCUUAUGCAAAUUCAUAAGGCGACUGUUACUGAUGAGAAUUGUUCACACCCGGAGGACGACUGAUCUCCAAGAAAUACUGUUAUUUAAAGUACCACAGCAUGUGCUUGGUAGUGUAAAUUUGAUUUCUGCUUUUCAUUUCUUGAAACAAACAAACAAACAAAAAGUUGGUGUCAUUAAAGUGGACCACGCACUGCAUUUCUGCCUUCUUAACACGUUUUGUUUUGUUACAUCUACAUUAUGCAGAACUAUUUUUGUACAAAAAUUGUUUAAAAAUUAUUUAUGCAAUGUUUGAAUGCAUUACCAGUGUUUCGGUUUUGAUUGCCAAUUUUUAUCUUUACUUAUGGUAGGCGAGAACUUAACCUAUACUUCGUAGACAGUAUCUAUCUACAAAUGUGCCCAGGUCAGGAAAAGUAGGUUAAUACUUUCAACUUAAAGCAUGUUUUAAUGGAAGUUUAUAUCCUGCUUUGUAUACUUCAGGAGUGACAUAAGCAUGUUGUGGAAAUAAGGUGUAAAUUAUAGUUGAAGUAAAACACUUUUAUCUGUAUAGAAAUCACCUUUUUCUCAAAAUUUUAAAAAAAAAAAUUCCAAUUUCAGCUUUUGCACAUAGGAGGGUUUCACUCUGUAGCAUGAGCUCUUGUACUCAAUAUAAAAUUAAUUUAUACAGUGAGUCCAGCCGUAGAAUAAAUGGUCAAACGUAGUCUCUCUUUCUUUGAAGUGUGAGUUGAGUUCUCAUUUAAGGUUUAUAACAUGGUUAUUUCCUGAUUGUAAAAUUCUGCAUUCAUAAGUGCCAUUGUUGUACGGUGUUGUUUUCGUAGACCUUCCUGAUGCGGUUUUACCUUUGUUGAAUUUGUAUAAACAAUUGUACAAAAA